GCACGUAUGUAUGUAGACUAACCUUACCGGUGAUACGCGGGCCAGACUCUGAUCUGAUUAGAGCUGGUCUCUAGUGAAAUGUAAACAAUAUAACGCACAACUAUCGGGUAUGCCCGAUUUCCUUCUCACACAAAACAAAUUUGACCGCGUGCAUGGAAUUUGCCAUCGCGAAACGGCGCGGAAAGUGUAGGAGGCGGCGCUCGAAGAAACGACUGCGCGAGCGAGUGAAGCGUGAGGUUAGGUCCGCGAGGCAUUGGAUGGUUUUCCCCGAGUGUAAUGUCACCGACGCACGUGGAACACUAAUGACGGGCACGAUGCAGGCGGACGCUUUCUGGAAGAAUUACGCGGUGGCCCAGGAAUGGCAGAAGCGGCACAGCAUAACCUGGUGGAGAUCGCGCUGCGUCGCGCUCGAGCACGAGAAUAAACUGCUGCGCGACAAGGUCAGACUCUUGGCUCGAUAUCGCGGCUAUCGCAACACUCAGAAGGACGAUUGUCACGUGGAGGAUAACAACGACGACGAUGGCGAUGAAGAUGACACUACGGGUGAGAACCGGGCGGAACUCGGUGCGGAUAGUAACGAGAAUUUCGAGUUCAACGUGACCGAGGACAUGUUGAGCUUCUUCGAGACGAGCGAAAGGCAUAAGCGGGAGAUGCGGCAAAAGCAUGGAUCUAACCAGCUCAAGAAUUCGGAUGAGGUACCCUUUGUCGGCGCGGCCGAGAAAGCCCGGGUGAGAAAGGAGGAGGCCGACCAGCUAUACGGUGCGGCCAGCUCUGAGAUAUUGGUGAUGGAGACCGCGCUGCAGAGCGCGGUGGAGCGAUACGAAGACACUGCGAAUCCACAAUAUUGGCCAAAUAUUUCUCUCAAACCUUAGGACAAUUUUAGUUACUUUGGUGCCCUCUAAAUUCAAUGUAUUCUAAAGAUAUUUUUAAAAUAAACUUCUAAAGUUUUUUUUAUAAAUUGUGGGACGAUGUUGACAAAGUAACGAUUCAUAA